AUGCCAAAGGUUAUCUUGCUCAAAAACAAAACAUCCCCAAUUGACUCGUAUGAUGUACAAUUUACAUGUUUGAAUUGGCAUGUUGAGUUUUUCCCUGUUUUAGAGCAUGAACGAAUAGAUCCAAAGGGUCUGAGGAACUAUAUUGAAUCGGAAGAGUUCCAAGUGAACGAUGCCACAAUCGUCACAUCUCAAAGGGCCGUAGAAGCUAUAAAUUCCCAGGUACCGUAUUUAUCCGAUCGUGCGAAGAGGCUACUUUUAGCCAAGCCUGUGUACACAGUGGGCCCAGCGACUGCGAAAAUGUUUAGCGAGUCUGGAUAUUCUGAUAUACGUGGAGGUAUCCAAGCUGGUAAUGGAGACGUUCUAGCUGAUCUUAUAAUCAGCCAAUCCAACCUUGACACCGAGCGUAUCUCUCGUUUAGUAUUCUUUACUGGCGUCACUAGGAGAGAUAUUAUUCCCCUUAAAAUCAGUCAGACCCCCGGGUUAUCAUUAACAGAAAAAGUGGUUUACAAAACGAAGGCUAUCAGCAAUAUUAAGCCAAGGCUCCAAGAGACGAUAUCUGCAUAUUCAUCUGCAACAGUCCAAAAAGGCGACUCGCCUUGGAUCGUGUUUUUUUCCCCUGCCAGCGCUGAAGAUGUUGUGCAAGUUCUUCUCAGCACUUCACGAAGCAGAUUCCGCCUAGCUGCGAUUGGGCCCACUACGGAAGCAUUCCUGAAAGAAAAUAAUCUCCCUCCAGACGCGGUAGCGGAACGUCCCGAUGCUGAGCAUUUGAUAAGAGCGAUUCUAAAAAGUCAGAAAUGA